AUGGUGCGGUCGCUCCCCCUGCGCAGCGGCUUCUUCCCGUCGCCCGCGCUGUCCGCCGCCGAGCAGACCGAGCUCCUCCUCUGGGCGCGCUCGCUCGUGCCCGACCUCGUGCGCCAGCCCGACGUCGAGUGGACAAUGCUCUCGGAGCGCAAAGGCGUGCAGCUGUGCGAAGACCGGCAGAAGGGCGGCCUCACGUACUCGAUCCGCGCGGUCGCGACCGUCCGCGCGCCGCUGGACGACGUCAUGAGCGUCUUCCGCGCGCCCGCGACGCCCGACUACCGCGCGCUCAUGCAGCUGCAGCUGCGCGAGUGCUUUGGCGACGCCGCAGUGCUCUUCCACCAGGCGCAGAACGACGCCGAGGCGCUCAGUAUCAAGUGGACCGCUGCGCGCACGAAGAAGAGCGUCGCGACGCUCGGGGGCCACGUCGGGCUCGACUUUUGCUUGCUCGAGUACGUCGGCGUCGUGUCGGCCGACGUCCUGACGGGCCCCGUCGCCGACAGUAGUGCGACGGCAACAGCUGCCGCGUCUGUGGGCGUCUGCCUCUACGAGUCGAUCGACCAAGCAGAGUGUCCCGUGCUGUACGACUCGCACCGCCUCGAGCGCGCGUCGGUGUCCAUGUGCGGCUUUGUCUUUCGGCCGCACGUCGACGACAGUGGGGUCGAAGCCACGUUCGUCUGCAGCAUCCGGCAGCCGCCCGGCGUGCGCGCCCAGCGGCGCUGGCACCGCGCGCUGCUGGCGCACUGGGCCGAGUCGGUCGGCGUUAUUGAAGAGGCCAUUAGCCGCCGACGCAUCUCGAAAGAGCUCACGAAGCGCCGCGUGCCCACGUGGGUCAGCGACAAGGACCGCGCGUGCUGCCACUUGUGCCUCAAGACGUUUACGAACACGCGGCGGAAACACCACUGUCGUGCCUGUGGCGAGAUCAUCUGCCGCGUCUGUUCGGUCUACAAGAGCGUCAACUUGCAGUCGGUGGGGCUGACGACGCUCCGUGUGUGCAAAGCCUGUAUGGACGGCACGUCGACGAGUGCGCUGCACGCGCUGGAGAAGAAUGAGACGACGGAUGGGGGACCGGCAGUGUCGGGAGCUACUGCGGCUGCUGCUGCUGCUGCUGGUGGUGCUACUGGUGCUGGUCAUCGCGUGUCGGCCGAAGGAGUGGUGUUUCCAAAGGGUGUGGACAAUGCCGUGUUGCGAGAUGCAGUGGAAGAGUAUGCGUUGGCGCUGCCGGGUGCUCAAGUGUCGACCGUGCCGGAUCUCGUGGGCAUUGCCUGGCUGCAGCAGCUCGCGGCACGGGAUGAAGAGAGCAAAGCGAUGGUGAAUGCGUUGAUGGAGCGACUGCGCAUUGAUGUGCAGGAGAAGGGCACGGGCGCCAAUACGGAAGAGCAGGUGGACAUUUACGACACGCUGUGUGACUUGGCCGCCCAGACGCUGGCGUGCAAGUACGCUGUUGUUAGCCUUGUGGACGAGAACCGCCAGUGGUUUAAGAGUGCCGUGAACGUCAAAGAGUCGGAGGUGCCGCGCGACUUUAGCUUUUGCGAGUACCCCGUACGCGAUCAGCGACCGCUUGUGGUGAUGGACACGUUGCAGGACCCGCGGUUUAGGUCGAACCCGUUCGUGACGGGUCCGCUUGGGGUGCGUUUUUUGGCUGGCGCGCCACUGUUUACGGUGGACAACGAGUGCGUUGGUGCAGUGUGUGUGUUGGAUACAGCACCUCGUGAGUCGCUGCAGGAGUCGCAGAUUGCCACGAUGCAGAACUUGGCACACUUGGCAAUGGUCAUGGUGCAGGAGCGACGGGAGGCGCAGAAUAAGGUUGCGCGCGCCAUGGCGUCGUCUCAGCUGGUCCCGGCGCGGCAGCAUGGCGGUCAAACGACUAACACGGUCGAGUCGUCGGACCUCGUGCCACUGAGCAGCUACUCGGAGACGUCGAUGGUUGUACAGGGCCGCGAACGACAGAAAGAAGACACAGUGUUGAAGGAGCAGAUGAUUCAGCUGCUGCGCAAGGCGUCGCAAGUACGCGAUCAGGUAAACUUGCAGACACACAAGCAGCAAGCAGGACUCCAGAGCUCUGCUGAAUAG